CAACGUCGAAAGAGAAGCACAAAAUUCUUCUCAAUUCAAUUCCAUUCCAUUCCAUCUGUCGGCGUCUUCUUCCCUGCUCCGUUCCGAUCCGAUCAUCAAAAACCCUAGGAUGUACCGACGCAUCCAGUUAUAGAGAUUAACAUCCUGUGCUGAUAUCUUUAUAUAUAGAUAGAGAGUGAGACGACUGUUAGAUCGAUUAUGCAGAGGCAGAGUCCACCGAAGCAUCGACACGAUGGUACUUCUCCGUUGCCUCUCGGUAUGGACUGGAGUCCUCCACCUCGUAAAUGGAAUGGGCGGGACACUGUUUGGCCUCAUGAUCCUCGUUCAGGAUGGAGUUAUUGCGUCAUUGUUCCUUCAUGGAUUGUGCGUCCAAAAACAAGAGAUUCAGAGUCUGUAGUGUUUUACAGGGUUCAGGUUGGUAUACAGUCACCGGAAGGCGUUACAACCACACGAGGAGUAUUAAGAAGGUUUAAUGACUUCCUUAAAUUAUUUGCAUUGCUUAAGAAAGCACUCCCAAAGAAGAAUGUGCCACCUGCUCCACCCAAAGGACUCUUGAAGCUCAAAACCAGGGCACUUUUGGAAGAGAGACGGUCUUCUUUAGAAGGAUGGAUGAUGAAGUUGCUUUCAGACAUUGAAUUGUCAAGAAGUGCCCCGGUGGCAUCAUUCCUCGAAUUAGAAGUUGCUGUGAGAUCAUCCUUCCAAAAUGAAAAUCAGCAACAUACGGAAACAAGUCAUGUGAGUGGCACGAGUUCUUCACUCCAAGUCUACACAAAUUCAAUUCCAACAGCAUCUGCUGGCCCUUCAUCACAAACAUCAGAUUACGGUAGUGAUACUGCAUAUGAAACAUCUGGAAUAGAAUCCCCCAUCCUUGAGAGGGACAACAAUUCCGAGAUUGGGAUGGAUGAUCUAUUACUGGAUGAUGAUUUGGGAAAUCCAAUAGAGAAGUUUGUAAAAUACGGGAUGUCCAACAUUGAUGAAGGUUUAUUUAUGGGAAAUUCAAUUUUGGAGCAGAUCGAGGGUUUUCCAAAGCAUAAGUCACAUUUUAGAGAGAUUAAUAGUGUUGUAGGAAAUGUUACAAACAACGGACUUGAGUCAUCAGGUAUUGAUCGUGGGAAGCUAAUAGGUCAUUCUCGAAAGCUCUCUAUUGAAAGUGCUGGAAGCGAUGUAAGUUCACCUAAGAGUAGUGAAUUGUCAAACUCUAGUUUUCAAAAUUCGACUGGGGAUGGACACCUGUUCAAUCCUAUUGGCCCUGAAAUUUCAAGAAUCAAGGGAUCUCAGAAUCAUGGCAAUGAUCUAUUUGAGUCUAAUAGCAUUGAGUUAGUUCUUCCCACUGAUCAGCGCCAGAAAAUGAACAGGAUUCUUGUCAGCAUGCAGAGGAGAUUGUUAACCGCUAAAACUGAUAUGGAAGAUCUUAUAACAAGACUAAAUCAAGAAAUAGCAGUGAAAGAUUAUCUUGAUACUAAGGUGAAGGAUUUGGAAGUUGAACUAGAAACCACUAGGCAGAAAAGUAAAGAAAGCCUUCAACAUGCCAUUCUAGUUGAAAGAGAGAGAGUUACACAAAUGCAGUGGGACAUGGAGGAACUUAGGCAGAAAUCCUUCGAGUUGGAGUUGAAGUUAAAAUCCCAACAGGGAGACGGUCUAGAUAAGGAGUCCACUAAUGGAUCAGUAUUGAUGCAAGAUAUGGAGACUACAUUCUUUGCUCAAGAAAAAGAUGAUCUACUUCAAGAGCUCGGAAAUACCAAAAAGCAGCUGCAGGACUUGCUAAAGCGACAUGAAGAGCUUCAAAUGAAAUCAAAAGCUGAUAUUAAAGUACUCGUUAGGGAAGUCAAAUCUCUUAGAAGUUCUCAGAUAGAACUCAAGCAGGAGGUUAGCCAAUCAUUGAAGGAAAAGUCUGACACACAGGACCUCCUCCAGCUUGAGAAACAGAAGAAGGUGCAGAUUAACAUAGACAGAAAAAAACUGCUUAAUGAAUGCAGUGUUCUUCAUACAAGGCUUAUGGAGUGCACAAGACAUAUUCGGCCUGAGCAUGGAGAGAAGUUAGUCAUGGAUUCUGAUUGUAUCCCAGAUGCCUUAAAUCUCCUAGAAUUAUCGGAUAACCAAAUAAGCUGCCUGCUUGAAGAGGUGGAAUCUUUAGCUGAAAGUGAUGUUUCCGUCAAGGGGGGAGACCAAGAAGACAUCAUUGACGAGGAGACAAGAACAAUAGACAAAGAGUUGAAGAAGAUGCUUGCCAACAUAUUAAUGGACAAUGCAAAGUUGCGAAAAGAGACCAAUUCUGCCUUACGAUCUGCCCUCGGAAGAGACAAAAACAACAACGGAGUCGGUGCCGAUCCAACAGAAAUUGUACAAAACAAUGUAAAAUAAGAAAUAAGGUGGGAAUUUUUUGACAUAUAUAAUAGGUUUUUAACAACAAUACCCCCUCCCCUUCUUAAAGAGCAUGGCUAUUUUCAUUGAAAAGUUACUAAUUAAACUGUCCCCUAAUAGUUUGACUAAAUUCUUGUAAUUAUUAUGUACUUGAAUAUUAUGUAUACAGAUCCUCUGAAACCCCCCAUUUAGUUCUCCUCUCUUCUCUAAUUUACUAGUGAAAUGAACCCAUUACACUC